AUGAUUUGGCUCAUAUUCUUAGUUGCCGUUGUGGCCCUUAUUGUAUACAGAAUGUUCCAAAACGAAAAGGAAAAGACAGCUGUCUUCACAUCAAAGGGUAUCAAGGUGAAAAGUCCGCAAUUCUUCAAGAUUUCCUUAUUCAAACUCUUAACUAGACAAAUUGGGAUUGUGGACAUGGUACAAGGAGUCUACUAUGAAGUCCCAGAGAAUGAAAAAGUUAUUGCCUUUUGGGAUGGAAACACACCUAUUAUCAUGCUGAAGGAUCCAGAUGUGGCGAAGAAUUUUGUCGUUAAGCAAUUUGAACAUUUUCAGGAUCGGAAAAAAUUGUUGAGUGAAGAAUUUGAUCCACUGUUUGCAAAUUCUCUCAUUAUGUUGAAGGAACAAAAAUGGAGGGAUAUGCGCUCAACUCUUAGUCCUGCCUUUACAGGUAGCAAAAUGCGCCAAAUGUGUGAUCUUAUCGUUGAGAUAGGUUUACAAAUGGUAGAUUAUCUACAGACGGAAGCUAAAGAAAAGGGCCUUCAAACCUACGAAAUGAAACAGUUCUUGUCUCGCGUGGCUCUCGAUGUUAUCGCUACUUGUGCUUUUGGUAUAAAGGUAGACUCGUUAACGAAUAGAGAUAACGAAGUCUAUGUGGCCGGUAAAGCCCUCACUAAUUUUAGUGGGAUUGGAAGAACAUUAAAGUUCAUGUUGUACAAAUUUUUCCCAAAGCUCACGAUAGCUAGUGGAAUGCAAUUUUCUCCUGUGAAAGAGUCUAACUUUUUCAGAAGCUUAGUCACAGAUUCAAUGAAGCAUCGUGAACAACACAACAUUAUCCGUCCCGAUAUGAUUCAUCUGUUGUUGGAGGCACAGAAAGGAAAACUGAGCUAUGGUCAAGGGGAAAAAGACAGCACAGGAUUUGCAACAGUUGAUGAUUCCAGUGUUCAAUGGAAGAAAACUGAAAGGAAGUGGACGGAAACUGAAAUAGUUGCUCAGUGUUUCGCAUUCCUGGGAGCUGGAUUCGAAUCAAUUUCUGCAAGUCUUAGUUUUACCACCUAUGAAAUUGGAGUUAAUCCUGACGUCCAAGAGAAACUUUUUGAAGAAAUUAAGUCAGUUAAUGAUGAACUCAAGGGAGAACGAAUAAAUUAUGAAAUCCUGAAAAAAAUGAAAUAUCUGGAUAUGGUGGUAUCAGAAACACUAAGAAAAUACCCAUCUACAGCUAUCCUUGACAGGGAAUGCAACAAGGAUAUAACGCUGGAAUUGUAUGAAAAUAAGGAAUUAGAUUUCAAAAAGAAUUACUCGAUUUGGAUUCCAAUUUAUUCCUUCCACUGGGAUCCUAAAUACUUCCCUAAUCCCCAGAAAUUUGAUCCCGAAAGAUUUAGUGAAGAAAAUAAGCACAAAAUCAAUCCCAGUGUUUACGUUCCUUUUGGAGUUGGACCUAGGAAUUGUAUAGGUUCUAGAUUUGCUCUUAUGGAACUCAAAAGCAUAAUUUAUCAUCUAGUAUUGCAUUUUAAGUUGGAGCCAACUGCAGAAACUCAAAUUCCCUUAAAAAUGGCCAAAUCUUUCGGUGCUAUUGAAUCUGAACGUGGGCUUUACCUUCAGCUUCGUUCAAGAAAUUGAAAUAAAAGUUGAAAUGUUGUAAAUUUUUAACCAAUGAAAUAAAAAAAAAUUCUUAUGCAAUGAAAAA